GGGUUUAAAGGGAGGCGGGCUCAUUCAGGGACCUAUAUUAUCGUGAAUCGGCGAUGUUUUUCAGUUAAUUUCAGUUAAUUUUUUUGUCGGUUAACCGUUGGAAGUUGUAUAGCCAAGUUAGCCUAGAUAGCCAACUGUCGAACGCAUUUUUGUUAAACAUUAAUUAGCUACAGGUCUUACUUAUAAUCAACAUGCGUGAGUGCAUCUCUAUCCACGUUGGUCAGGCCGGUGUGCAGAUCGGGAAUGCCUGCUGGGAACUAUACUGCUUGGAACAUGGGAUCCAGCCCGAUGGGCAGAUGCCCAGUGACAAAACCAUCGGCGGAGGGGAUGACUCCUUCAACACCUUCUUCAGCGAGACCGGAGCGGGAAAACACGUCCCUCGUGCUGUGUUUGUGGAUCUCGAACCAACUGUUGUUGAUGAGGUCCGCACUGGGACAUACCGUCAGUUGUUCCACCCGGAGCAGCUCAUCACCGGUAAGGAGGAUGCCGCCAACAACUAUGCUCGUGGCCACUAUACAAUUGGCAAGGAGAUCGUGGAUCUGGUGCUGGACCGAGUUCGCAAGCUGUCGGACCAGUGCACUGGGCUUCAGGGCUUCCUGAUCUUCCACAGCUUUGGUGGUGGAACCGGCUCAGGUUUUGCCUCUCUGCUCAUGGAGAGACUGUCUGUGGACUAUGGCAAGAAGUCCAAACUGGAGUUUGCCAUUUACCCCGCCCCUCAGGUGUCCACAGCAGUGGUGGAGCCCUACAAUUCUAUCCUGACCACCCACACCACUCUGGAACACUCAGACUGUGCUUUCAUGGUCGACAACGAGGCCAUCUACGACAUCUGCCGUCGUAACCUGGACAUUGAGCGCCCCACUUAUACUAACCUCAACAGGCUCAUUGGCCAGAUCGUCUCCUCCAUCACAGCUUCGCUGCGUUUCGAUGGAGCCCUCAACGUGGACCUGACUGAGUUCCAGACCAACCUGGUGCCAUACCCCCGUAUCCACUUCCCCCUGGUCACCUACGCACCUGUCAUUUCUGCUGAGAAGGCCUACCACGAGAUGCUUUCUGUGGCAGAGAUCACCAACGCUUGCUUCGAGCCAGCCAACCAGAUGGUGAAGUGUGACCCUCGCCAUGGCAAGUACAUGGCCUGCUGCAUGCUGUAUCGGGGGGAUGUGGUGCCCAAGGAUGUCAAUGCUGCCAUCGCCACCAUCAAGACCAAACGCACUAUCCAGUUUGUCGACUGGUGCCCCACCGGCUUCAAGGUAGGUAUCAACUACCAGCCACCCACAGUGGUGCCAGGUGGAGAUCUUGCCAAGGUCCAGAGAGCCGUUUGCAUGUUGAGCAACACCACAGCCAUCGCUGAGGCCUGGGCUCGGCUCGACCACAAGUUUGAUCUGAUGUACGCCAAGCGUGCCUUUGUGCACUGGUAUGUGGGAGAGGGUAUGGAGGAGGGGGAGUUCUCUGAGGCCAGAGAAGAUCUGGCUGCCCUGGAGAAGGACUACGAGGAAGUGGGAGUGGAUUCAGUGGAGGGAGAGGCUGAGGAAGGAGAGGAGUACUGAAUCCUGACCUGAUUGAAAAAUGUUUUACUGUUG